AUGAAUAAUAAAGUGAAAAUAUUUGUGAUAUUUUUGGGAUAUUUAGCAUUUGCAGAAGCUCAAUUCCCAACAUGUAAUCCAUUACUAGUUGAAUGGUUCUCACAUCCACACGAAUGUGAAUCGUACAUCAUUUGCUUCCAUGGAGUACAACAUGUAUUACCUUGUGCACCAGGAUUACAUUUCAGUCCAACUGAGAAGAGAUGCACGUUCCCCGAUGAAGCACAGUGUCAUGUGAACUAUAUGUGUCCACCAGUCGAUGAUAUCAACAAUCCAGUCUUCUUGCCCGACUCUUAUGAUUGUGGAAUAUAUUACCUUUGUUCUCGAGGAUCUCCAAUAAAGCGUGAGUGUGCUCCCGGAUUAUGGUGGGAUGUCGUCUUUAACUGGUGUAAUACUUGGGACGAUGCUGUUUGUGACAAUCGAACAGUCAUAAACCCCGGUAAUCCAGGAAAUAGAACAACAUUGGGACCUACAACAACAACUGAAAUGACAACGACCAGCACUACUACAACGACAUUACCCACAACCACGACUAGUACAACAACAACAACAACAACAACAACAUUGCCACCUACAACAACUCCACCACCUAUUCCAAAUCUUGCAGGCUGCCAUUUGCGACAGGAUCUGUUUGAUGGAACUACUUAUAUUAAAUCGAUGUGUAUUGUGAAUGCAAAUAUAAACUAUGAAGCAGCUAGACAACGAUGCGUAUCACUUAACAUGAAUUUAUUCAUUAUCGAUGACUCGAGAGUACAAACUCCAUUCUUUGAAGCAACAACGUGGCUUCUUCGUGGCAGCCCUGGUGGAUUUGUUUGGAUUAAUGGUAGACGUGAUAAUGUCAAUGGAUGGCGAGUAUUAAAUGCCGACAACACAUUUAGGGGUCCAUUAUACAGCGGUGUAAGUUGGGUCAACACAACAACAGUGAAUGGUCCAACCAAUGGUGAUUGUCUUCGUUAUUCAUCACAAUUUGGACCUUAUCAAGCUAUGGGAAUUGGUUGUACAUCAACAAGUUGGCUUGUUUGUGAACAUUCAUUGCAAACUGAACAACCACCGACAACAACACCUGCACCAACAACAACAACUCCACCAUCUGGUCCAAACCUUGCUGUAUGCUGGAGACGAGCUGAUUUGUUCCACAAUGGAACUUACUUGAAGUCAUCCUGCAUCAUUAAUACAUCACAAAACUAUGCUGCAGCUGAACAAGGAUGUAGAAGAAAUGGAAUGGAACUUUUUGCUAUUGACAGUCCACAAGUUCAGACACAGUUCAGAAAUUCAACCACGCAGCUUUUAAUUGCUCAACAGCGUGGCUUUGUGUGGAUCAAUGGACGUGUUGAUGAUGAAUGCAGGAACUGGUACACAUUUAAUCCAACCAGGAGCUUAAUGUUCUCAGCAGUACACUGGGUACAGCAAGAAGAUUUUGUUGGACGGAAUACAGGCGAUUGCUUGAGAUACACACAACAAUUCAAUCCUGAAUACUUUGCAAUGGGCGUUGCUUGUAAUAGUGCAUCGUGGUACAUUUGUGAAUUUUCAGUGCCUCCUGUCAUGGAUGAGUUUUAA